GCGGUGUUUGACCCUCCUGCGCCGCCGUACUCACUGAAGGCCUGAAAGAUGGCAGCGGUCGUGCUGGUCGGCCGUCCUGUGAGUGUCCUUUCCAGGAUUCCCAAUGCCUGCUCCCCUGUGGUGCUGGCUGCUGGGCCUGUUGCUGUUCAGCACAGGCAGAUCCACCAUGCUCUCAUUCCAAAAGGCAAAGGUGGUCGCUCCUCAGGCAGUGGAAUAGCAGCCACUGUGUUUGGGGCCACUGGAUUCCUGGGCCGAUAUGUGGUCAAUCGUCUUGGUCGAAUAGGCUCCCAGGUCGUGAUCCCUCACCGCUGUGACCAGUAUGAUCUCAUGUACCUCAGGCCUAUGGGUGAUCUUGGCCAGAUUCUCUUUAUGGAAUGGGAUCCAAGGGAUAAGGAAUCAAUCAAAAGAGCAAUAGCUAACUCCAACGUUGUCAUCAAUCUGGUGGGAAAAGAGUGGGAGACCAGCAAUUUUAAGUAUGAGGAUGUGUUCGUAACGAUCCCUCUGCAAAUCGCAAAGGCAUCACGUGAAGCUGGAGUCACAAAGUUUGUCCACAUGUCCCACCUCAAUGCCGAUAUCCGCAGCCCCUCAAAAUAUCUGAGAAAUAAGGCUGUUGGAGAGCAAGCUGUGAGGGAUGAGUUUCCAGAGGCAAUUAUCAUGAAGCCAUCCGAGAUGUUUGGAAGAGAAGAUCGUUUUUUCAAUCACUUUGCUAACAUGCGCUGGUUUGGCAAGGCUGUUCCACUUAUAGAAAUGGGCAAGAAAACAGUCAAACAACCAUGCCAUGUGGUGGAUGUGGCCAAGGCCAUUGUGAAUGCCAUCAAAGAUCCUGAUGCCAACGGCAAAACAUACGCGUUAGUUGGACCCAACCGGUACCUGCUGCAUGACCUGGUGGAGUAUGUGUAUGCUGUAGCCUUCAGACCCUUUGUAGCCUACCCAAUGCCUCGCCCUUUCUAUCAUCUUAUCGCCAGGUUCUUUGAAAUAAAUCCAUUUGAGCCCUGGACAACUCGCGACAAGGUCGACCGGUUCCACACCACCGACAUGAAGUAUCCAGGCCUGCCCGGCUUUGAGGAUCUGGGCAUCACACCCGCGUCUGUGGAGCAGAAGGCCAUCGAGAUCUUGCGUCGCCAUCGCCGCUCUAUCUAUCUGGAAGCUGAGCUUGAGGAGACCAGGCCUGCUAAAACUGUCAACUAUUGAGCAGGUCAUCAGAGUGUAGUCUCCUCCUCACAAGUUGUGAUGUCUUGUUUUACUAUUGACUCUGUACAUAAAUAAACUAAUUAAUAAAUAACUAAAGUCCAUCCUACA